UUCCCACUAAUUAAAUCCACUGUGCUGCCCUGCCUCCGCCUCCGCUUCCGCCUAAACGGCCAGCCAAACAAACUCUCCGAACAACCCAUCCUCUUCCCCACUCUCGCUCUUUCUCCGGCGGCAAUGGCGACGCCGCGGAGUUCGGAAUUCCGGCUGCUGGUCGCCGUCUUCUUCUUCCUCUUCCUCUUCCAGGUCAUGUUCUUGCCAUCUUUAAUUGCUGCAGAUAGGUCUAACGCCAGAUUGCUGGCAACGUCCAAUGGUACCAUUGGGGGAAGGCACUCCGAAGAGUAUUGUGCAAUGUAUGACAUCUGCGGGGCACGCGAGGACGGGAAGGUGUUGAACUGUCCAUAUGGAUCCCCAUCUGUGAAGCCGGAUGAUCUGUUGUCCCAAAAGAUACAGAGCUUGUGCCCAACAAUUACCGGCAAUGUGUGUUGUACAGAACGUCAGUUCGACACAUUGCGGUCCCAAGUUCAGCAGGCAAUUCCAUUUCUUGUUGGCUGCCCGGCAUGCUUGAGAAAUUUCUUGAACCUGUUCUGUGAGCUUACAUGUUCUCCGCAUCAGAGUUUGUUUAUCAAUGUAACUGCUGUAUCCAAGGUUAAGAACAAUUUGACUGUGGAUGGAAUUGAUUUCUUUAUAGCUGAUGCGUUUGGUGAAGGUCUAUAUGACUCCUGCAAAGAUGUGAAGUUUGGUACUAUGAACACUCGAGCUUUAGACUUCAUUGGAGCUGGUGCUCACAACUUCGAAGAGUGGUACGCCUUUAUUGGUAGACGUGCACCUCAAAACACACCAGGUUCACCGUAUGCCAUUGGAGUCAGGUCAACCGCUCCCGAUUCUUCUGGAAUGAGACCUAUGAAUGUCACCACCUUUUCUUGUGCUGAUACUUCACUGGGCUGUUCCUGUGGCGAUUGCCCUUUGUCUAAUGGUUGCACAAAUGCUGCCCCUCCUACAGAGCAUGAGGGAGGUUCAUGUUCAGUUAAAAUUGGUUCUCUUAAGGCCAAGUGCGUUGACUUUGCUUUAACCAUACUCUACGUUGUAUCGCUCUCCACUUUUCUCGGGUGGGGUUUCAUCCACCGGAAGAGAGAAAGGAACCAAACUUCUAGAAUGAGGCCAUCUUCAAAUGGAAUGGACGGUAGUGACAUCCAUCCUGUUGCUACUCAGAAAGUUGAGAAUCAUCCCGUUCAGAUUUGGCUCUGUUGGCAAAUAUACUUCUCAAAAUUUGGAUAUGUUAUUCUUUCCUAUUAUUAUCAGGCUCCUGAUGCUUCUCCUAAUGGAAGAAGAGUUCAGCUUUCAAUCGUCCAAGGAUAUUUGGCAAAGUUUUACAGGAUAUAUGGGACUUGGGUAGCCAGAAAUCCGGUUCUCGUGCUGAUUGUGUCAGUAGCUGCAGUUCUUCUACUCUGCUUAGGUCUUAUCCGAUUUAAGGUGGAAACAAGGCCUGAGAAGCUAUGGGUUGGACCUGGGAGCAAGGCUGCAGAAGAGAAGCGUUUCUUUGACUCUCAUCUGCAACCAUUUUACAGAAUUGAGCAGCUGAUUAUAGCAACUGUUCCAAAUUCCAGGGAAGGCAAGGCUCCAAGCAUUCUGACCGAGAACAACAUUAAGUUACUAUUUGAUAUGCAAAAAAAGGUUGAUGGUAUCCGCUCAAAUUAUUCCGGGGCCAUUGUGUCACUGACUGAUAUUUGCCUGAAACCUCUGGGUGAAGAUUGUGCAACACAAAGUAUUUUGCAGCACUAUACCUCUGCAGAUAACUGUAGGAGUGCCUUCAAAGCACCUCUUGAGCCAAGUACUGCUUUAGGAGGUUUCUCUGGGAACAACUAUUCAGAGGCUUCCGCAUUCAUUAUUACAUAUCCUGUGAACAAUGCAGUUGAAAAAGAAGGGAAUGAAACUGAAAGAGCUGUUGCUUGGGAGAAAGCCUUCAUUGACUUGGCAAAGAAUGAAUUGUUGCCCAUGGCACAAUCUCAAAAUCUCACUCUCUCCUUUUCCUCGGAAAGCUCGAUUGAGGAAGAACUGAAGAGAGAAAGCACUGCAGAUGCCAUAACUAUAGUGAUUAGCUAUCUUGUGAUGUUUGCCUACAUUUCUCUUACCUUGGGCGACACACCCCGUUUAUCUACUUUCUACGUCUCCUCAAAGGUAUUGCUUGGUCUAACUGGAGUUGUCCUUGUCAUGCUCUCUGUUCUUGGGUCAGUGGGGUUUUUCAGUGCCAUUGGAGUAAAGUCUACUCUUAUCAUCAUGGAAGUCAUUCCUUUUCUUGUUUUAGCCGUUGGGGUGGACAACAUGUGCAUAUUGGUGCAUGCUGUUAAACGGCAACCUCUAGAGCUUCCCAUUGAAGGACGGAUUAGCAAUGCACUUGUUGAAGUAGGACCAUCAAUAACGCUUGCCAGUCUAUCCGAGGUGUUAGCAUUUGCUGUCGGAAGUUUCAUCCCCAUGCCAGCAUGCCGCGUGUUCUCCAUGUUUGCUGCAUUGGCUGUUCUCUUGGACUUCUUGCUACAAGUCACUGCCUUUGUUGCUCUGAUAGUUUUCGACUUUCUGAGGGCAGAAGAUAGGAGAGUAGAUUGUUUUCCUUGUCUAAAGAUCUCCUCACCAAACGCCGACUCAGACAAAGGUACCAGUAGCAUUGGUGGAGUAAGAAGACCUGGAUUGCUGGCUCGAUAUAUGAAGGAGGUGCAUGCGCCCAUACUCGGUAUUUGGGUGGUGAAAAUAGUUGUGAUUGCUAUCUUCGCUGCAAUUACAGUGGCUAGCAUCGCAUUAGCUACCAGGGUUGAACCUGGUUUGGAACAACAGAUUGUUCUUCCAAGGGACUCCUAUCUUCAGGGAUACUUUAAGAAUGUCUCGGAGUAUCUGAGAAUUGGCCCCCCACUUUACUUUGUCGUCAAGAACUAUAACUAUAGCUCGGAAUCAAAUCAAACAAAUCAGCUAUGCUCCAUCAGCCAAUGUGAUUCAAACUCUCUCUUAAACGAGAUUGCAAGAGAAUCAUUGAGACCAGAAUCCAGCCACAUUGCCAAGCCAGCAGCUUCAUGGCUUGAUGAUUUUCUUGUAUGGGUAUCUCCAGAAGCAUUUGGUUGCUGCCGGAAGUUUACUAAUGCGACUUAUUGCCCGCCUGAUGACCAGACUCCUUGCUGUUCUUCUGGUUCAGGAUCGUGUGGGUUGGGUGGAUUGUGCAAAGAUUGUACCACAUGCUUCCGUCAUGCAGAUCUAAACAACGAUCGCCCAUCUACAAUGCAAUUUAAGGAGAAACUCCCGUGGUUCCUUAAUGCAUUACCUUCUGCUGAUUGUGCCAAAGGUGGUCAUGGUGCAUACACUGGCAGCGUUGAACUGCAAGGCUACGAAAAUGGUGUUAUUCAAGCAUCGUCUUUCCGCACUUAUCACACUCCGCUAAACAAGCAGCGCGACUUUGUCGACUCAUUGAGAGCAGCUCGCGAGUUCAGUUCCAGAGUCUCCAAAUCUUUGAAGAUGGAAAUAUUCCCAUAUUCAGUGUUUUACAUGUUCUUUGAGCAAUAUCUUGACAUUUGGAGAACUGCUUUGAUCAACCUUGCCAUUGCAAUCGGAAUCAUUAUGCUGGUGUUGGCAAUGAUCGUGAUCGAUCUCCUGGGGGUGAUGGCAAUUCUCGAUAUCCAACUGAAUGCAGUCUCAGUUGUCAACCUUGUCAUGUCAGUGGGCAUUGCUGUUGAGUUCUGUGUACAUAUAACACACGCCUUCACGGUGAGCAUUGGCGACAGAGAGCAGCGAGUAAAGGAGGCUCUGGGAACAAUGGGAGCUUCUGUCUUCAGUGGAAUCACUCUAACUAAGCUAGUUGGCGUCAUUGUUCUCUGCUUCUCAAGAACAGAAGUUUUUGUGGUUUACUACUUCCAAAUGUACCUAGCCUUGGUCCUUUUAGGCUUCUUGCACGGCCUCGUAUUUUUACCGGUGGUAUUGAGCAUUUUUGGUCCACCGUCAAGAUGUAAGCUCGUCGAGAAGCAAGAAGACCGGCCUUCUGUCUCGUUGCGGCCAUGAGAAGAUAUCAAGUUACAGCUGAUUGCAGCACAUAGAGUGUGUCCUUACUUACUGAAGUAGAUGAUUUUAGCCAUGGAGUACCAAUUUGUGUAGAGUGUAAUUUUUUCAAGUUAUCAGCUAGUGUGAUCUUUGCUUUUAUCGAACCUACCAUAUGUACAAUUUGAGCUUAACAAACUACACUGUAAAAUCAAACAAAAAACAAGGCUUUCUGACAUGUAAAUGUAAGGAAAGCAAAUGAUAGCAAAUUGUGCUUAAAGUUGGCUUUCAUAUGUGUAAUGUGUUCGCUUCUAGCAGAACUUAGUGCCUGCAUUUUUUCUCCAUUAGACCACUUGUUACCGAG